CGGCGGGCACCGAGCACCGAGGUAAAGCCGAACCGCAACGCACGGGCCGCCGGCUGGAGCGUGCGCGGUGUGAAGCACAGAAGCAUGCUUUCCCCUGAGCCUCACACCCCCAGCUGUGAUACAGAAUGUCUCUGAGUGAGAACAACAGCGUGGUGUUUGCCUAUGAAUCCUCAGUGCACAGCACCAAUGUACUCCUCAGCCUGGACGAUCAGCGAAAGCAAGACAUCCUUUGUGAUGUUACCGUGCUAGUGGAAGAUCAGCGAUUCCGGGCUCACAGAGCCGUGCUUGCAGCUUGCAGCAGUUACUUCCUCUCCAGAAUUGUGGGCCAGGUGGACGCUGAUCUUAUCAUCACUUUGCCGGAAGAGGUAACACUUAAAGGAUUUAGUCCUUUGCUUCAGUUUGCAUAUACAGCAAAACUUGUUUUAAAUAAAGACAAUGUGUCUGAAGUUUGCAAAUGUGCAGAAUUUUUGGGUGUACGCAACAUUGAAGAGUCCUGCUUUCAGUUUCUCAAAUUCAGAUUUUUGGACUUCAAAUUGGAUCAGCAGGAAUGUCCUAGGAAGAAGUGUUGCACACAGCAUUGUCAGAAAGCAAACCCUAAAACUGGCAAUGUGGAUGAUGGAGACCUAGAAAUAAAUGAUGAAGUAGAAGCUCUUCUAGAAAAGGAAUAUAGUCAAAUUCCUGACACAAAGCCCUGUAAAGAUGAAGAAAAUGCUAAAUCAUCGCCUGUUCUCCAAAAUAAUGCCAAUCAAAAUUGUGAUCCUGUACAUUUAGAAAGGGGUAGUGCUUCCAGCUUAUCUUCCCAAUGCCCAAAGUAUAGAAAAUUCCAGAAAGCUUUUGGAAAUGACAAAGUUAAUACUUCAGAGUCCAGUUCCAGUAUUAAAGACGUUCAGGUAUCCCCAUUUGCAACUUCUCUUGAGAAGGAAAUACCUGAUAAUGAUGGCAUACAAAAAGCUCAGGAGUGUGUGCCUAUGCAGCUGAUCUCAAACUGUGAAGAGACUCAGGUAGAAAUGGAGGAAGGGGAAGAAGGCAUUCAGAAAAAAGAAGAGUCCAAGAGAGAUUCUGUAACUCGGAAUGUGUCAUGUCCUGUGGAGCAAAUGGAUCUUGCUGCUUUCCCCCAAAACUCUGCUGCACCUCAUGGACUCAGUUCUGUGUCUGUUUUACAUAGUUGUGAGCAAUAUGGUAACUUGAAUUUCAGUAGUAUGCAAAACAGCACAGUCUUAGCUGAAAAAACUGUGUCAAGUACUGGAGCUGGAAAUGACAAAACUGAAAGUCAAGGUAACCCGUCUUCAAAGGUGGAUUUCUGCAUUAGGGAAGCCACCAACAUCACCUCAGCUGGAGAUCGAAGCAGCGUGGAGAGAGAGAUAGCAGAGCAGCUGGCCCAGGGCUUCUGGAGUGAUGUUCCCAGCACAGAUGCCUGUCAAGUACAUUUACCACCUUCUAAAGAGUACUCAGAGCCCUCCUGCUCGGGGAAAAAGUCAGAGUGCCCGUGGCUGGGGAUCAGGAUCAGUGAAAGCCCUGAACCUUGCCCUCAGCGAACUUUUACAACACUGAAUUCUGUCAAUUGCCCCUUCAUAAGCAACCUGAGCACUGAAGGAUGCUCCAACAGCUCUGAAGUAAACAGUGGAGAUUAUGUUCAGGGACAGCAACAAGAACAGUGUCCCUAUAACUAUGUGAUAAGUUUGGGAGAGGAUUCAGAGACUGACACUGAGGGGGACAGUGAAUCCUGUUCAGCAAGAGAACAAGAAUGUGAGGUAAAACUGCCGUUUAAUGCACAAAGGAUUAUCUCACUUUCCAGAAAUGACUUCCAGUCGUUUCUGAAAAUGCAUAAAUUAACUCCUGAACAAUUGGACUGUAUUCACGACAUCCGAAGACGAAGCAAAAACAGAAUUGCAGCGCAGCGAUGUCGCAAGAGAAAACUGGACUGUAUACAAAAUCUUGAAUCUGAAAUUGAAAAACUGCAAAAUGAGAAGGAGAAUUUGCUGAAGGAAAGAAACCACAUUUUAUCAACUCUGGGUGAGACAAAGCAGAAUCUGACUGGACUUUGCCAGCAGGUGUGUAAGGAAGCAGCCUUGAGUCAAGAGCAAAUACAAAUACUUGCAAAAUAUUCUUCCUCAGAUUGUCCACUCUCAUUUUUGUUCCCAAAAAGAGAACAAACAGCUCCAUCUGAUAGUGAGCUUGUGGUACCAGCAUCUGUAGAAUCAGCAAAUGGUCUUUCAGGUGUCACCCCCACAGCUGAGCAGAGUUCCUGUUACCAGUGUGUCAAAAGCGUGUGUGAGGCCACGUACGACCAAGGCCAAGAACUGCACCCGGUUCCUGCCAGAACAUUGGAGCAAACAUCACUCCUGGAGCCCUGUGGGCAGAGCAGCGGCAUCACAGACUUCUGCCAGCAAAUGACUGACAAAUGCACUACAGAUGAAUGAAUCUCUCCUUCCCAUUGCCAGCCUCUCAACUUUGCAACUGGAAGUUGAGCAUUAUUGGAAUGUAACUUACUGAGUGAGAGAGAAGAUAGAAGUUUAAUCUUU